GUGAGUCUGUCCUGAGUGUGAUUUUGAACAUGGGCGGUGCUGUGAGUGCCGGUGAGGACAAUGAUGAACUGAUCGAUAAUUUGAAAGAAGCACAGUAUAUCCAGACAGAACUGGUGGAACAGGCUUUCAGAGCUAUUGAUCGUGCAGAUUAUUAUCUGGAGGAGUUUAAAGAAAAUGCCUACAAAGACUUGGCAUGGAAACAUGGAAACAUUCACCCUUCAGCCCCGUCCAUCUACUCAGAGGUGAUGGAGUCCCUGGAUUUGCAGCCAGGGCUCUCGUUUCUGAACCUGGGCAGUGGCACUGGCUACCUCAGCUCCAUGGUUGGCCUCAUUUUAGGUCCUUUUGGUGUGAACCAUGGGGUGGAGCUUCAUUCUGAUGUGAUAGUGUGUGAAAAACAGAAACUGGACUUCUUCAUCAGGACAAGCGAUAGCUUUGACAAGUUUGACUUCUGUGAACCCUCUUUUGUUACUGGUAACUGCCUAGAGAUUUCUCCAGAUUGUUUUCAGUACGAUCGAGUGUACUGUGGGGCUGGUGUGCAGAAGGAACAUGAAGAGUACAUGAAGAAUCUGCUCAAAGUUGGAGGGAUCCUUGUCAUGCUUCUGGAAGAGAAGUUGACCAAGAUAACACGCACAGGCCCUUCUGCUUGGGAAACCAAAAAGAUCCUGGCUAUUCCCUUUGCCCCUCUCAUCCAGCCCUGCCACUCAGAGUCAGAAAAGUCCAGACUUGUCCAGCUACCACCAUUCCUUGUGCGCAGUCUCCAGGACUUGGCCCGAAUUGCCAUCCGGGGUGCCAUUAAGAAGAUCGUUCAUCAGGAAGCUUUGAGCAAAAGUGGAAAUGGACUGAAGAACACCCCCAGGUUUAAACGAAGGAGGAUCCGCCACCGUCAAAUGGAAACAAUAGUCUUUUUGGACAAAGAAGUUUUUGCCAGUCGUAUUUCCAACCCCUCUGAGGACAACAGCUGUGAAGACUUGGAAGAGGAGCGGAGGGAAGAAGAGAAGACCUCAGCAGAAUCCAAGCCAGACCCUCCGGUGAACUUCCUCCGGCAGAAAGUCCUGAGCCUUCCUCUGCCAGACCCCUUGAAAUAUUACUUGCUUUAUUACAGAGAGAAAUAAAUCUCCCAACUGAGAAGGGGAAGUGAGGAAGAGCCAGUUUCAAGUCUGACUGUGCCCACUGUCUGCUACUGAGGGAUCUCCUGGGAGCCGAUGCCAUGGGGAAGGAAACUGCUAUACCUAUCCACAUUGUAAUUUUCUUUUUCUGGUCUUU